ACAGUCUGUAAUCUGUCCAGUUUGAAACGGGUUGCGUUGGGAUAGGCCAUAACAACCACCCAACAAGGCGUUGUGGUACUACGGGGAAAUACCGAACCGAACCGAGAAUAAAAACGGUCCUGGUUUAGUUUGUAGUCGAAGUUAAUGCUGGAAAAUUCGCCGGAAAGUCGAUGCAAGUGGAAAUAAUUGCAAACUGGGGCUGAAAUGUGGCGCUUGACGUCGAGCCGUGCGUAAUGAGCAGAGUUGGAAAAAGAAGGUGUUGAGCUGCAUUUUUUCUCUCUCAGCCAGGCAGGGACAACUUGGGUCGGAGUGCUGCCUAAAAACUACGAGGUGAUACGAAGACAAAGAAUGCCCUCGACGCCCUGCACUGCAUGUGUGUUGCUGUUUCCAGCCUGUUCUGAUUCCUGUAGCUUCCUGUAGCUCUCCUGGCAGAGUCUGUAAUCAGUCCAAUGGCCUGAUUAACUGUUACACUGAUUGACCCGGCUGGCAAAAACACUGCAGAGGAACGGCAGGCUGGGCCCGAGGCUCUGAGGACGCUUCAGAGGAUCCGUGCCUGACCGAAAGACCCAAGACUGAGAGGAAAAGGUUGUCUGAGCAGAAUGACUCAGCAAGAGGGGGGACCCCCAAAUAGCAAGUGAAGAGAAGUGAGGAUGGGUGCCAAUGGAUCCAGCUAUCCACAUUCAUGCUCCCCACGCAUUGGGGGUAAUGCACAGGCACAGCAGACUUUUAUAGGGACAUCAUCGUACUCUCAGCAGGGAUAUGGCUGGGAGUCUAAGCUGUACAGCCUGGAGCACGGCCAUGAGCGGCCCACAGACAGGAAGAAGAAGAGCCUUGGACUGGCGACCCUCAAACGAAGAUUCAUCAAAAGGAGGAAGUCCAGCCGCUCUGCAGAUCAUGCGCGGCAGAUGCGGGAGCUUUUAUCAGGGUGGGACGUCAGGGACACAAACGCCCUGGUGGAGGAAUACGAGGGCACAGCAGCCCUCAAGGAGCUGAGCUUCCAGGCCAGCCUGGCACGUGCCGAGGCACCCAGCUUGGCACGGGAUCUGGCUGCACUCUAUCAGCAUAAGUACUGCACCGAUGUGGACCUCAUCUUCCAGGGUACCUGCUUCCCUGCUCACAGGGCCAUCCUGGCAGCCCGCUGCCCUUUUUUCAAGACUCUGCUUUCCUCAUCGCCCGGCUUUGGAGCAGAGGUGCUCAUGGACAUUGAGACAGCAGGCAUUGAUGUGCCAAUGUUCUCUGCCCUGCUUCACUACCUGUACACCGGGGAGUUUGGGGUGGGUGGAGCAGAGGAUAGCAGGCUGCAAAAUGUGGAUGUACUGGUGCAACUCAGUGAGGAGUUUGGUACACCCAACUCCCUGGAGGCCGACAUGAAGGGCUUGUUUGACUUCAUGUGUUACUAUGAUGCUUUGCUCAGCUUCUCCUCAGACUCUGAGAUGAUCGAGAGCUGCAAUGAGAGAGGAGCUGUGGCUGCAGCAUCAACAGCAAGCUCAGGAGCCAGCGGUGUCCCCGGGACACCAGACGAGGACCUCAGGGCUCAUAAACCUAUCCUCUCAGCACGUUCUCCUUUCUUUAGGAACCUUUUGCAGAGGCGCAUCCGCACAGGAGAGGAAAUGACUGAGCGCACGCUGCAGACGCCCACCCGCAUUGUUUUGGAUGAAUCCAUCAUCCCUCGAAAAUAUGUGCAGGUUAUUCUCCACUGCAUGUACACAGAUGCGGUGGAGCUUGGUCUGGUGCUGCGGGGAAGCCCCUCAGCUGGGAGUCUGGGUGAGGUUCAAGCCCUGGUGUCCGGGGGUCGAGGAGCGAGCACAAGGACUGAGGAGGCGAUGGAGCUGUACCACAUCGCUCUGUUCUUGGAGUUCAGCAUGUUAGCGCAAGGCUGCGAGGACAUUAUUGUGGAAAGCCUGUCACUGGACUCACUCGUCCCCAUCCUGAAGUGGAGCUCUCAGCCAUACGGCUCCAAGUGGGUCCACAGGCAGGCCAUGCACUUCCUAUGUGAGGAGUUCAGUCAGGUCGUCAGCUCAAAUGUUCUCUACGAGCUCGGCAAGGAGCACCUUCUCUGCGCGAUUCAGUCUGACUACCUACAGGCGAGCGAGCAGGACAUUCUGAAGUAUGUUGUUAAGUGGGGCGAGCAGCAGCUUAUUAAGAGGAUGGCAGACAGGGAGCCCAACCUGUUGAGCGGCACAGCCCACAGCGUCAACAAGAGGGGAGUGAAGAGGAGAGACUUGGAUGUGGAAGAAUUAAAGGAGAUCCUGUCUCCCCUCCUGCCCUUCAUCCGAACUGAGCACAUCUUACCUCCCAACAGUGACGUCCUCUCUGACGCGCUAAAAAGGGGGUUGAUAAGCACCCCUCCUUCAGACAUGCUGCCCACAGCUGAAGGAGGGAAAGCGAACGCCUGGUUACGGCAGAAGAGCGCUGGCAUCUACGUGCGUCCUCGUCUCUUCUCUCCUUAUGUAGAGGAGGCUAAGUCAGUGCUCGAUGAAAUGAUGGUGGAGCAGACGGACCUUGUGCGAUUGCGAUUAGUGCGCAUGUCCAACGUCCCUGACACGCUCUACAUGGUGAACAAUGCCGUGCCUCAGUGCUGUCACAUGAUCAGCCACCAGCAAAUGGCAAGCACCACAAACACCGCUCCAUCAGUUGUGGCAAAUGAAAUCCCAGUGCCUCAGCUGCCCGUGGUUAAGGAGAUGAUCCGGAGGCUGCAGGAACUCAGACACUCGGAGCAGGUCCAGAGAGCUUACGCCCUUAACUGUGGCGAAGGAGCCACUGUCAGCUAUGAGCUUCAGCUGCGGGUGCUGAGGGAGUUUGGUCUGGCAGAUGGAGCCACAGAGCUCCUGCAGAACCCAUACAAGUUCUUUCCUGAUGAGAGGUUUGGAGACGAGAGUCCAAUUCUGGCUCUACGCCAGGUGGGUCGGUGUCGGGUAAACAGCAGCCCAGCCAUGGAUAGCAUGUUCACAGAGCUGGAAGGAGUAGCUGGCUUCCACCCUCCCCUCCCUCCUCCACCUCCUCCCUACCACCCCCCUGCCACACCUAGUCACGCUCAGCUCAAGGGUGCAUGGCGACCUCGUGUGCCCAUGCCCACCCCCACCCGCUCCUUCUCCUACCCCUGCAACCGCACCCUGAUCCAGCGCCAUGCCGCCUCCAAGCAUGGCAGCUCGGACUACUCCUCUGCGCCCCGGCCUCAGCCCCCAGACUGCACCAACCCACAGGCUAUGGGCCGAGCUUUGCUUUCAGACAGGCAAGCGAUGACCAUGGAGCCUGUUAUGAGGGAGUUCAUGCCCGACAUUGCACUGGGUGUCUCGGUCAUGACCCUGAGGGAGCAGCACAUGGCAGAGAUGGACAGGGAGAGUCCUCACAGCCCAAUGGGUCCCUCGGGCCACCAUCUGCCCCACGGUCCCUGCCCUUCUGCUCGCCUCAGCCAUAGCCACGGUCCUGGACACGGCCACUCCUGCAAGAGACAUGCGCCUGAACCUAAGCUGGAGGCUCAAGCAGAGUUCCCUGACCUGUACGACUUCUCCUGCCGCCCUGCAACCCCGACCUCCUCUCACCCUCUGCCCUCCUUUGCAGGACCAGACCUCUACAGCCACAGCUGCACCCCCUCCAGUGCUUACCCACCCCCCUACAUGUCUGACUCUCAGUCCCAGGGACACUUGCAGGGAAGAACUGCUACAGACCCACUACGUCUGGACGUCCUCAGUAUGACCUCUCAGAGGCAUGACGGGGUCCUUGCCAGCCCGUCCGGAGCCCAGCCUCGGAUGGGACAUGUCCAGAGGGGGCGAUCAAAUGAGACGGACCUGACUCAUGGUUUAGGCCACUUACGGUCUCCUAGCGGGAACAUGGACAGCUAUGAGGAGAGGCACAGUGGACCUAGGGAUGGCCCAGAGGACAUGGUUCUAUCAGGAGAGUCAUCAGGCCUCCAGCAGGCUCACAGGAAUAGUGUCAGCGAGGAGAUCACCAGGGACCGCAGGUCACCCAGCAAGCCCGACUACCCUUAUAAGAAAUCUGCACUUUAACCCCGGCUGAAGACCUGGGGUUGAGCUGAGAAAAGGGAACGUGUGACGAGUAGCUGUCCGUCUCAGUGGACGGCAAAGCACUAAAUGUGUGCCUGCAUAUGUGUGUGUGUUUGAGAGCAGCAGGGGAACGGGGUGGUUGAUGGUUGCUAUUUAUAGGUUCUGUCCUUGUGUCCUACCUCUAUCACACUGUGCUAUCCAUCACACAGCCAGGGUGAGGAAAGAGUGAGAGCUGUAGGUUAAUUGUUGACGCCUGUAAUUGAUCUCUGCGAGGCCUGCAUUGUCCUGCUGCUUUAGAGGAUGACUCAGGCUCUGCUGGGAUUGAUUGUUUGAUUGUAAAGAGUGAGGUUAACUCCACGCUGCGUGAAUCCUGCAUGCAGAGGUCAUAACACUAAAUGUAGCUCAGUUAUUAACAAAGACUUCAUUCACAAGUUCUCUUUGUCUUUUGAUUGUUUUCGGCACAGAAUGGGGAGACGACAGGAGAGGAAUCUCUAAGUACGCAAGCUUACAGUGAUUGCCAGUCUGGGAAACAGAGUUGUGAUAAGAUCGUAUGUAAAUUCACAUUUUCAUCUCUUCCUGUAGCAAGCGAUCCACCUGACUAGUUCCAUACUUUGGCCGAGGAUCUGCAGCGCUGAUGAGUAAUAGGUUGAGUCUUGGACACACAAAGCAGGAACUGGAUCAGAUGGGAAGUAGGUCAUCAGUGCUCGUCAUUCUCCUGUUACCCACUCUGAUUAUUUUGUUGGACUCCAGCUAUAGCAGCCUCAGAGUCCAGCCUAGAGGCAGGAGUCUGUAGUUUUCAGAUAGAAGGGGGAGCAGGAAGCGCACAUGCAGGUUUAUUACUGAGAUACAGCAGGAAAUAUAGGGGUCAUAACUGAUGCACAGUGAUCAAGUCCUGGGCUAUUGUUUUUUCAGCUGGAACAGGUGUGUGUGUGUGUGUGUGUGUGUGUGUGUGUGUGUGUGUGUGUGUGUGUGUGUGUGUGUGUGUGUGUGUGUGUGUGUGUGUGUGUGUGUGUGUGUGUGUGUGUGUGUGUGUGUGUGUGUGUGUGUGUGUGUGUGUGUGUGUGUGUGUGUGUGUGUGUGUGUGUGUGUGUGUGUGUGUGUGUGUGUGUGUGUGUGUGUGUUUGGAUAACUUCACAGGUGUUUAGACAAUCUCAGUACUGUACACUCAUCUUUAGUCAGGUCUGUUUGUACAUAUCAGUGAGUCUUUGGCACAGAGUGCAGCAGUCAGCGUGCGAGAGCUCCUUUUUUGUUCUGUUUAAUAGCAUCAAGUAAUCAGAUCUAAAGCCUUAAUCAGCGCUUGUAAUAUUCAGUUUUAGCUACCUUUUAUUCAAUUAAGUAUGAUGUCAUUAUAUCGCAAACCCCUCUUAAUUGCUUAUUUGACUGUUCUGCUCACAAUGGACUCACUCACUGUAGUUUUUCUGAGUUGUAAAAAGGAGGAUGUCAUUGAACCCAAAUGCUCAAACCAUGUAUAUACAUCAGGCCCACAUCUCUGCAUCUCACAGAGGAUUGUGGACAUGCACAGUCAGAGUUGUUACUGUUUAAUAUACUGUUAAGAACUGCAUCAGCAGUAGCUCAAGAGUACACACAAAAAAGCCUGUUACAGCCAACAGUUGGCACACAACCUCACACACGAGAAACAUUGCACUGUCGAAUCCACCGGUCGAAAAGCUGAAGGGAAAAAGGAACAAACAAAUUGAGAACAAAAAGGAAUCUUUAUGAAAGAAAGUUGGCGAUUGCUGGCUCAUAUCUCCAAUGGAAAAUGUAUAUAAUGAAACGAGUUCCACAUGAAUUUCUGAUGAUUUUUUUUAAAAACGGUUUCUAUCACAUUUUAGUGGAUGUUGAAGGUUUGUGUUUUUACUGUAGUGGACAACACUGUGUACUUGUCUUUGUCAUGAGGUCUCACUAAGAAUGUGUGGUAUAAAAACAAUGAUUGUGUCGCAGAACCUAUUUUGUUAAGUGUUAUCCAUUAGGGCAGUUUGUUCAAUGUUGUAGGUGGUGUGGAGUACCAUAUAAGUAGAGAUGUUUUCCCCCUUCUUUUCCUUUUACUGUUAAGUAGCAGGAAUACAUGGAGGAUCUGAAGACAUUAGCUCUCAUCCUAGCAGUGAUGAAGUUGCCAAGCAGAAAAAUCAUUUUUCCAUCUAGGUUGCUUCAUGGGGAAAAAAUGCAAAAACUCCAGAUUCCUCCCUAUGUUCAUGUUGGUUAGUUGUUAUAUUUUCCAGGACAAUGUUCCAUUGAAUAAAAUCCCUUGUUUUGCUCUUUGCUGUAGAGAAGUCAGUGCCUUCCCCCGCCUGCGGCUGGGCUUUUAUUGGAGAAGUGACUUUGAUGUCUAUGCAAGCUCUUUUCUACCAGCUUACCAGCCUGCAUCAAAAAAAAGUUCUUUGAAAUCUCAUGUAGCCCGUUUUGUGUACAUAGUGUUAUUUAGCACCUUUUCAAAUGGAACCAUCUGAAACGUGUGAUUGCUUGUGUUGAAUUUUAACAGGUACCCUGUACUUGUACAGUAUCAUAGAAAACAUGUUUGUAGAUUGAUAUUAAGUUACAUUUAGUUUCACUGAAUCUAUUUUUCUACUGUCGCCUCAAAAGGUGCAUAACAGUGGUCAACUUGGGCAUCCUCAAAAUAAACUGGUUUGAUAUUAUGGAACUA